AUGAUUUUAGGAUUAACAGAAGAAGACGCUCUAGUGGAUUUUUCACCACUAGGGAAUGUUACCUUAACAUCUCCAGAGCUAUUUUUCCAGUUGGUCAUCCCUUAUUUUCCAACAGAGUCAACUUUGAUGGAUGUAUCAUUUUCUAGCCUCGAUAUUCUAUCCUUAACUGAGUACACGCAACUGACGAUAACCUUGCCCGAACGGCAUAUAGUGCUGGCUUUGGCUACAGCAUGGUUAAUCGUAUUCUUGGGAGUUUGUCGUGGGACCACUUGGAUGGCAUGGGCGAUACGAUUCACGGCUACGAUACCAUAUUUAAUGCUUUUCAUUCUUCUUAUACGAGGCCUCUCACUUCCUGGAGCUAGCCUAGGAUUGACCUUUCUCUUCUCCUCAGCUUCCGCCAGCAUUUCAUCCUUGAAGGUAACAAAAGUUAUUGAUGGGUACGGUUGA